UGUCAAAUGUCAAAUGGUGUAUAUAUAUACUAGCUGGCGGACCUAAUGUCUACCAAAUUUUCAAAUGUACAAGCUCAGAAACAGCUCCAGACUCGCAUCAAAACUCAUAUCCAACGCGAAGAUGCCGGCAUUUACUCUCUAUGGCGCUCGGGGAUCGACAAAUACUGAUCGAGUUCGUUUGACUCUCGCUGAGGGUGGCUUCACAGAUUAUGAAAUGGUGCUUUUAAAUCUUCAAAAAGGAGAGCAAAAUUCCAUAGAACACAUGAAUCGUCAUCCAUGGGGCAAAAUACCUGCUCUUACUUCGAGCGACGGCUUCACGCUCUACGAGAGCCGCGCCAUCUGCAAGUACCUCGCCACGAAGUACUCCUUCGCACUUCUACCUUCUGCUUCUGAUGUAGAAGCCACUGCACUGUUUGAUCAAGCGCAGUCAGUAGAGACACUCUACUUCGCCGAACCAGCAGGCAGAAUUGCAUUCGAGAAGUUCGCGAAGCGAUUCAUCGGCUUGUCUGCCGAUGAUGCCGUCCUCUCGGAUGCGUUGCGGUCUGUUGAAGGGUUUUUUGAUGUUGCGGAAAAGCUCUUGCGGGAAAGGGAGUUUAUGGCCGGAAAGGACUUCUCGCUUGUGGAUAUUUAUUAUAUCCCGUUGAUUCAGAGACUUUUUGCUUGUGGAUAUGGAGAUAUCAUUCUUGGUCGCGAAGCUGUAAGCGCUUGGUGGAGUCGCUGUGUGGACCGUCCGGCCAUUCAAAGGAUGUUGGCUGCUGACAAGGAGGCUAUGGCUGCUGCUAGUCGAUAA